AUGAAGUUAGUACGCUUUCUUAUGAAUAUACCCAAUUCCACCACCCAGCCCAUAACUGUUGAGUUAAAGAAUGGCAAUAUUAUUAGUGGCACGUUGUUAUCGUGUAAUCCGCCGAUGAAUUUGAAUCUAAAAAAUGUUAAAUUACAACAGCCAUUACAGGAUCCGAUUUUGUUACAGUACAUAAACAUAAGGGGAAACCAAGUGAGGCAGAUAUUGUUGCCUGAUGAGUUGAAUAUAGAAAGUGUUUUGGUAAAGUCAGAAACUAAGAUAAAGGGCAAUGGGGCAGGGCCAAGUGCCAGACCUGCAACGAACGGAAUCACACGAGGCGGGUUUAGAGGACGAGGGAGAGGUAGAGGAAGGGGUAGGGAAAGAGCCUUUUAA